AUGGGCUGUGUUGCUUCUUGCUUUCGGGUAGACGACUUUGAGGAUAACACAAAUCCAAGUGGUUCUUUAAAUAGAAACUGCCCAUGCCCGAGAUGUCUUGUUAAUAACUUCCUUAACCUGUAUCUCUCUUUGUUCAGAAGAAGCGAGACCCGCUCUCUCCCAUCCUCUUUGCAAGCUAAUACUACUACUGUUGUAUCGAUGACUUCAUCUACUUCGUAUGAUAACUUCAUGUCUAACACAUUCAACUCUACUCCAAGGCCUCUGCCUUAUGAUACUGAUCCUAUAUACUUCCGGUCACGGCGUGACUCGCUUGUCUCGAGACGUGAUAAAGGCUCAAGUCAUUCACAUGAGGAAGCUGAGCCCUUGAGAAGUGAUGCUGAUGUGGACUCUGAGUCUUUCUCAGUGGAAGGAAGCAAGUGGGGUAAUAAUAAGCUUACAAUCUCUGGUGAAGAUUCCAAAGAAGAGUUCUCUAAAUCCACUCGGAGGAUUCUUAAGUUAAAGACGAAGACAAUGGCUGCUGGUAGUGAAGGCGUUUAUAUAACGUCUGAUGAUGAAGAUGUCUGUCCAACGUGUCUUGAAGAAUACACAUCAGAGAACCCCAAAAUUGUGACAAAGUGUUCUCACCAUUUCCACCUCAGUUGCAUUUUUGAAUGGAUGGAGAGAAGCGAAAACUGUCCUGUUUGUGGAAAGGUGAUGGAGUUCAACGAAACAUCGUGA